AUGGCUUGUGGAAGAACCCGUCUCCAGAACAGUAAGAUCUUCCUAUUGUCUGGUAUAGAUAAUGAAGAGAGGAAGGUACUCUCAACUUUAAUACAAGAACUGGGAGGGUUAUAUUUAAAUGCAGAUAGUUUCCAGCAAAAUUGCACUCAUGUUGUUUGUGGAAAAUUAAGUCGCAGUGAGAAAUUUUUGGGUGCCUGUGCUAUGGGAAAAUGGGUUUUGCAUCCAAAUUUCAUAAGUAGGUCAGCAGAACAAGGACAAUGGAUGCAAGAAGAAUUAUUUGAAUGGAGCAACUACAAUGAACCCAGUGUUUCACUAGACAUGAGGACUGCAGGAAGUAGAUGGCGCUUUAACUUGGAAGUGUUUCAAACACUAGCCUUCAGUGACUGGAAUGUGGCUGUUGUUGUUUCAGAUCCCAAGAAAAGAUAUGUCUAUAGAAGAUUGCUGGCUUGUGGAGGAGCCAAAGUGUAUAACCUGAAUUUACCUGUCAAAGAUAUAGCAAAAGUAGCAAAAACAUUAACUUACAUAUUUGUAAGUGAGAAAACAGCAGCAAGUCUACUCCAUCUGGUUGAAUAUGGUAUCCUGUGUUUGAGACCUGAAUAUAUUGGGGAUUACCUUGUUAAGGAUCCAACACCAGACCCUAUGGACUAUCUAGUACAACCAAGUGCUGAUGGUGCAGACCCUGAUGUUUCAAUGGAUAUAAACUGCAGCCAACAGACGGACACCCUGUACAGCAGCCAGGAAGUGCCUCAAUAUCUCAGUACAACAAAUAAUCUGGGUUUUCUACCAGUAAGUCAGCAUGAAACAAACAUCCAUGACACUAUCACCAGAAGAACUAAGCACAAGUUACAAGUGACCUUGAAAAAGUCUCCAAGAACUCAAUCCUCAGCUUCUGAUAUUGUUUUGAGGCAGACAGGGAAGCAUAGUGGUACUCCUUCUCCACAGAAAACACCAAUAAAGUCUGUGAACACUUUUUCAAGCCUAGAAACUGUAAAUCAGUCUACAGUUGUGCCAAGUAAUAGCAGUAUAAGUUCUAUGUCUACAAGAAAUACCCCAGAGCAGACCACAGAAACCAUAUUAUAUACAAGGAAUGCUGUUCAGACUAGAUCUAGAAGAAGUAUAAUAAGUUCUAAUCCUUUGUCAGAAGGGGUUCCAGCAGAUGUAUCACCAAGUCCCAUUGUAAGAACUAGGUCACGCAGAAGCACAUCAAUCUCAGAUCAUUCUUCUGACGGAAAAUCAUUCGUUCAUUCUCAAUUUAACUUUAUUAAAACAAGAUCAGGCAGAAAUACACCAAACACAGAUCAGUCUCCUGACGAAAUAUCAGCAGGUCAGUCGCCAAGUAACAUUAUUAGUACAAGAUCAGGCAGAUAUACACCAAACAUAGAUCAGUCUUCUGAAGGAAUAUCAGCAUGUCGAACAAGAUCGGGCAGAAAUACACCAAUUUUAGAUCAAUCUUCUGAAGGAAUAUCAGCCGGUCAGCCACCACGUAACUUUAUAAGAACAAGAUCAGGCAGAAAUACACCAAACACAGAUCAAUCUCUUGAAGGAAUGUCACCCGGUCAGUCGCCUCAUAACUUUAUUAGAACAAGAUCAGGCAGAAAUACACCAAACACAGAUCAUUCUGAAGGAAUAUCAGCCGGUCAGUCUCCUAGUAAUUUGAUAAGAAGAAGAUCAGGCAGAAAUACACCAAUAGCAAAUCAGUCUUCUGAUGGUAUAUCAGCUGGUCUGUCUCAAAGUAUGAUUAAAACUGUGUCAGGCAGAUUAACAUCUGAUUCAAAGCAAUCUUUAGAGAAUUCUUCCUGCAAUAUGGUCAUCUCACCAAGGAGAACAAGGAUGAGGUUGAAUAGAAACUUAACUGUAGUGAAGCCAUUAUCUGAUUCCAAAGACAGUUGUUACAAAAAUCAGGAUACAGCAGGAUCUAAUCUAGCCAUAAAAUCUAAUGAAAAAGAUAAGACAGUUAUUACAAAAUCCAUAAAUACUCAUCAAAUUCCUAUAAAACCAUUACAAUCCCAAACAACUUCUGGUCAUUCAAGUUCAUCAGGUACAGAGGAUUUCAGUCCUGUUUACUCAAUGGUUCAAACUAGUGCUUUCUGUUUGGCCAGUGUAUUGCCUACUCAGAAUGAUGCUGGUUCAAAAGAAAUAUCCACAGUGGUUCCAAAUGAUCAACAGAUAAGUGCUAAACAGUGCAAUAGUGAGGGCAACAACAUUAACCAGGAUUGGGGAAUCUUUGCAAGUACAAAAGAUUUAUGCAAGCCAAUACCAGGCCAAUUUCAUUCUACUCAUGUUAAGGUCAAAUCUGAUGAAAGCUCUCAGACUACUCCGAAAAAUGACGUGCUGUCAUUAGACAAGGAGAAUUCAUGUAAACCAGUAAAAAAAUAUGUGUAUACCAAACCUGUAACUCGAAGACAAAAUAUACAGAUAAUUGAACAAGCUCAGAAACUUGUAACAAACAAAGACAGUGUUAAGAAUACAGUUACUUUGGACAAGUUUGAAUGUUUUAGAAUUAGUGCUGAGAGUGCAGGUACAAGUUCAGAUAUUGGAAGCAGUACAAAUUCAAUAUUAAAUGUUCCUACUAAGAGGAAAUUGGAAGAUUUAAAUUUUGGAAAUGUCAAACGACAAAAGGUAUAUGAUGACAAGUAUCACUGGUGCCCUGUUGUUGGUACCCUUAAUUUAUUUUUAUCAGAAGAAGAUAUGGAAGUUGAACAAAUGGUAGAAGAGACUCCUUUCCAGUUCUCCACAGGUCUUACCAAUAUUAUACAUACCUGUUUAGACGAAACAUGUGGAAUGCGCUUCCUGUUUGCCGGUUUGGAAGUGUUCAAGUCAAGUGUAACUGCAAAAAAAUAUCCCAAUUCUACUACUUUACAUCUUUUAAUGAACCAAAUAUUAAUGGGACAGAAAACCAUGGAUUUAGUAGCUCAGCGGACAUACUGUGCACUGAUGAAGGUACUACAGUUACACCCACCUAUCUCACAAGUUGCUAUCAACAUGUAUAAUGAAUCAUUGGUGUACAGCAAAACUAAUGAAUAUGGAGAAGGUCAGGACUGGACUUUUAUAAAAAAUGUUAUCAGUGAUACAGUCCAUGGUGAUGUUCCUAGAAGUAAUGGUAUUCACCUUUUAAGGUACCUGGUAGCUGUUUUAGAGCAGAAUUAUUCAUUUGUUAUACAGAGGUACAAAGACAGUCCAGGAAGUAUACAGAAGUUAAGAUCUUCCAUGUUAGGUCAGCUCUUAUGGUCAUCACUCAAUCAGAUAUUCUUCAACAGUAGAUGUCGAGAUCUAUUGGGAUUUGUAGAAGAAGUUAUCACAUCUGAAAUCCCACCAGGAGAUAAGUCUGACUUACUGAAGUUGUUGAUGAGUAUAUUUAGCAUGGCAAUGAAUCUGUGUUACCUUAUUGAAAACAACAUGUCACAACAGUCUGUCAGUACAGCUAUAUUUGGAAAAACAGUUUCCACAUUUCUACAUGAAGUUACAAAAGUUAUAAAUAACAGCUUAGAUGAAUGUUUGUUAAAGGAAGUAUUAAUGACUUUACAACCGUCCUGGUUUUGUCUUGGUGUUUGUAGUUAUUUGUUGGCAGAGUACGAUGAUUAUCUUCUUGUAGAAGGACUACCCAAAGAAAGGAUAUCACUUAAAGAUAUAGUAUCUAAAUAUAUUUACUUGUUGCCACGUAUAAAUUCUCAGCCUUUAAUCAGAAGUCCACACAAGAAAAGAAUAUCAACAUCUCGACCUUCCACACCUCAGUCUCCAUCAAUGUCACAGAGAAUGUCACUACUGUCAACUCCACAGAAAGUAGUUCCACUAUCUCCAGCAUCAUCAACAAGUAAUACACCUGAAAGGAGAAUAAAUAGGCUUAUGAAGAAUAUAAAUAAAAAGAAUUUCAAAGGAGAAGCUCCAUUACAUGCUGCCUGUAUAAAGAAUGAUGUUCUAAAGUUGAAGCAGCUGUUGAAAGUUCCAGGUGUAGAUGUAAAUAUUCAGGACAAUGCAGGAUGGACACCUAUGCACGAGGCCUGUAACCAUGGUAGAGUACAGUGUGUUGAAGAAUUAUUACAUUUUGUACCAGCUAAAACAGUAGAUCAUUACUUUAGUACAGGUGGCCCCAGGUGUAAGAAGGCUGAUUUACUGAUUGGGAAUGAUGAAGGGAUAACACCAUUACAUGAUGCUGUACUAAAUAACAGGAAGGACAUCUGCCAGUUACUGCUACAGCAUGCAGGUGGUGUUCUCUUAAAACAAAAAACAGUGAUGGGAUAUACACCUAUUGAAAUGUCUGAAGAUGAUGAUAUGAGGGAUUUAUUAUUGUCUUACUCCGAUGAUCAUUCUGCAGUCACUAGUUCACAAGAAAGUAGCCAGGGACAAGUACCUGGUAGUCAUCUUUAUGAACAAGUUUUAGGUCAAGGACAAAAGGUCAGAUGUUGUUCUGUUGAAGACUGUGUUAAGUAUGUGUCACUUGUAUCCUUCCUGAUCAGUUCAUAUAUAACUGCUACAAAGACAACAACCAUGUCUACUUACAAUGAUAAGGAAAACUACACUGACAGUGCUGCAGAUGAGAAAGACAAACUAAAUAACUCAGAAGUCAAAAUAUUACGAAAUAUGAAGAAAUAUUUGUUGAAGUUUGAGGACCAUGUUAGGAAGAUAUGUGACACUAAUACAACAGACAGACUAGACAUGCAGUUAGCUUUGUUGAUGUGUAUUCAAAAUAAUGGCAUGGAUGCUGGCUAAGGGUUUAGGAUUAUUUUAUUGUUUAUCAAUACAGCAUUGUGAGGAGCUAGUUAUUUUAUUACUGACAUGGUCUAUUUCAAUUUUCUCAAGGAAUGUAAUGUAACAUUUUGAAGUAUAUACAUGUAUCAACAAGGAAACACUUCUUAAAUAUGACUAUAUAGGCAAUAGUUCUUCAGUCAUAUAUUGAAAUUCAAAGUUGUAUUGCUGGUUAGUGAAAAGAUUAAAAAGGCCACAGCAGUGUAAAUAAAUCAUUUAUGUUAUUACAGAUAUGCAUUGGUCUUCAUGGUAAGCUUUUGAAAUAUGACAUACAUGUUUAUAAUUUACACCACACAGUUGAGGAUAUACAGUAAUGUUUUUGACCCAUUCUUCAGUCUGUCAGCCACCACUUUGUUGUCAUUGUGUUAGCACCUUCAUUCUUUUGUCAAAUCCUUUUCAAAUUUGGAUGAAGGUUUCCAGUCAUCAAAAUUAUGAUUUGUCAGAUAACCAGAAAAAAUUUGUAAUGGAAUACCAUUUUUUUGGGGAAGGGGACUUGUAAAUAAUGCCCAUAUUAUUUCUUGUUGCAAUGCUAGCAUCUUAAAUUUUUGUAAUGUCCUCUACAAUUUUGGGUGAAGUUUCCACUCCAUAGAGAACAAAAGAAGAAAUUCAACAAUCAUAAAGGUCUUAAAUGGGAGACCAUUUUCCAUAGAGGGUUUUAAAAAAUAACCCAUAAUAUAUUUUGUUUCCUCUUCAAAUCUGCAUGAAGUCUUCCUUUAUCACAACCCAGAAUAAUUUUGAAAAUCAGAAAAUUUUAAAUAGGAGACCUUUUUUCAAUUUUUCGGGAGGGAAGAAUGUAUAAAUAGCUCAUGUUAUUUUAGUUGCCAUGCCAUUUUUUGGAGGGAUAUCCCUGUUGUAUUUCUUGUCACCUGGAUAGCACCUUAAUUUGCAUCAAAUCCUCUUCAAAUUUGUAUGAAGGUUUCACCUCAUGAGUUAGAUUAGUGCUAUUUCAUUAAAAAGAAUGUACCAGGGUCGGAUGGCAAUUAUAAAAAAAUCCCGUUGGUUGUUGAUGUGUUGAAGCGUUCAUGGCCAGUGGCCCUUGGUGUUUUGAGAAACUAAGUAUUGUUGGUUGUUGGUCUUCUUUGACAGUCAGUUUUCGUGACUGUCGGUUUCAUUGUGUUACUUUUCGUUUUUUAUUAUUAUUUGUUUUGCAAGGACUUAUAUAACCGAUUGUUUUUGUCUCCUGCUCUUAUCGUGAUAUUUUGGAAAACAUAACUGUUCCUGCGACUUACGCAGCGGCAGGCGCAACGUUGUAUUCUACCUAAGGUACCAGUUCCGGAAGUGCAAGAGUUACUUUCCUUUAAUGACAAGCUCAUGACGAAAGAUGUCAAAUUCUAUUGAAAAUAAUAUUCGGAGGUUCAAAUUAGCGGUGGUCCGAGGUCCGCGACCUUCCACUAUUGCAAUCGGACUUUUGUUUUGGUUACUAGCUAGGCUAGCAUUCCACAGGCUCCAAAUACCGGACCCAUUCCUAUUGGCAAUGGCAAAUACCCUACGUUUUCCCCAAUUUUCAAUUUGAGACCAAAAAUUCCAAACGAUCUCAAAAUUUAUUUUUAUCUUUAUUAUUCAUGACAGCGAUGCUCAUUUUGUUCAACCGCUAGCUUUAUACUGAAAAUCGCCAACAAGUUAUGUGUAAAUACGAGUAAAAUCGUAUCUCCAGUCAAAGAUAACACUGAAAAACAAUGGAUGCCCUAAACCGGAAAUGAAGACGAUUACAAUACCGGAUAAGAUUCCGGGAUCGGAUAAGGGUAAUUCCGGGUUUGCGGAUCAAAUACAAUAAAAAAAAAAAUAAUUCCAGGCAGGUGAUAAAAUACAUCUAUGAUGAUGAAAUAUAAACACUAGAAUUGAAAACCAAAAGAUAUACGGAAAAGAAAGAAAAAGCAUGAAAUAUUUUUAAUAUACAGAAACUCAAAAUAACUUUUAGUUCACAAAUUUUCAUGUCAAAAUCCAAUAAAAAUUAUGUGACAGUAAUUUUCUUUAUCAUUAAUAAAUGUUGAUAUUACAUGUAGAUGUUUUUAUAGAGUAUACAUAACUACAAUUGCAAGAGGUAAUUUCUUGGUUGGGGGUAUCAUCAGUGAGCAGUAGCUCGCAGUUUCACUUGUUGAUUCUUCGUAUCCUUUGUCUGCGUCAUCGUAAACUUUUUUCAAACAUCUCUGAGCCAACAACACCAAUUGGAAGCAAACGUGGCCAACAUAUAUUAAGUUAACAGAACAAUCCAUUUGCAGUUCUAUAAACCACAGUUCUAAUUUUCAUUAGUGAUUUUUAUAAGAUUUGAAAUGUUUCAAACCCUGGUGACCAAAUUAUGUUUUUCAUAUUUAAGAUUUAAAACACAAUGAAGUUUGAUCUUAUUUCUUCCCUCCAACCCCCCAACCCCCCCCCCCCCCCCCCCCCAAAAAAAAAAACAAACCUCCCAGUUCCCUCCCCCUCAUUCCCAGGUUCCCUGAACCCUGUCCACCCCCUCUAAAUUGUCCAGCAACUAUAAUGUUUAAAUAACAAUCCCUUUGGUUGUGGUAAAUUAGAAUAAAAUAAGUUAAAUAUAUUCCAGUUGGUUCUUGUUUUAUUAUGAAACGACUUCCUGUUGGUUGGUGUUAAGAUACAUGGUACAUUCCUCUUGGUCAUGGGGGUACUUAAAAAUUGCCUUCCGACCCUAGUACCUCCUUUUUAAUGGAAUAGCCCUUAUCAGGAAAAUCAGAAUUAAGUAGCAUAAUUUCGGGGAGGGGAACUCAUGAAAAUUUCCCUUAAUUUUUUUUUAAUUUUUAGAAGUGCAUGACAGCACUUAGAUUUGUAAACAAAAACCUAGUGUCAGAACACAUGAAUACUCAUAUAUCAGAUAUUUUAAAAUAGAACACAUGAAUACUCAUAUAUCAGAUAUUUUAAAACAACACAUGAAUACUCAUAUAUCAGAUAUUCUAAAAGAGACUGUUAUUAAGUUUAUAAAGCUAAAUAUGUUCACCAAUUAGGUGCUGGGUUUUGGGGUUUGUGUGUGUGUGUGAGUGUGAAUUGACUUUUCUUAAAAGACAAAUAUUAUUUUUGAAAUAAAACAGAAGAGACAAAGUGAAAUAGUUGAAGAUAAAAUAAAUAAUGAAACAAUUUUGUAGUAAAAACUAAUAAUUUGGUAUAGUGCAUGAAUUAAGUUGAUUUUAAUAUGUGUAUCAUAUUACUCAAUCAUGGAUUUCAAUGGGCUUCUUAUUAUAAUAUUAUGUAUUAUGAUUUAAGUAAAAAGAUAUGAUUUGUUUUACCUGCUCUGUCACUUAGUAUCUUGUGUCAUUCAUCCUCAUCCCUUUUAGGUUUAUUUUUUGUUAUUGGUUGGAGGUCUUAGUUGGAAGAUGUUGAAUUGCAAAAUAAAAUUCCUGAUCUCUAAAGUAAAUAAAAAAUGUGAUCCUGUCACUGUAGAAAAAUAUAAUUGGUCUAGAAAAGCUGUAUGUUUAAACAAAAAUUAUCUUGAACAAGUGAAUUUGAUAUUCAAGAAAAAACACCAUACUUUUGCCAUUUGAGCAGUUUGGGCUCCCUGGAGCUUCUUGUUAGAGACAGUAUUAUUUCCCUACAACCAUAUUUACCCUUAAAUACAUUUGACAUGUUUGAUACUACAUCAUAUUGUAGUUAAGGAUUAAUUUAUAGAGGUGUACUUAAGUCAAUGAAAGUUUAGUUUUUGAAAAAUUUGAAUGUAAUAUGAAAGGUUUAAUUAAAUAUGUUUGAUUUAUUUCAUAUUUCUGGAAAGGAAAAAAUAUUAUAAUUAAUUAGCAAUGAAAUGUUUUGAUGUGAAAAUUUUAAGUUAUAAGUUUUAAGUUACAUAUUAUCAUGAUUAUGCAACAACAUAUCAAUGUCACAGGUACAGUUAUUAAGUGAAAUAUUUUGUUAUAAUUAAUAGGUUUAGUUUACUGUUUGAAAAUAAAAAAUUAGUGUUGAUUUAUUUUUGAAAUAUUUAAAUGAAAUGUUACAUUUUAAUUUGCUAUAUUUCUAUAUGAGCCAAUUUAUUCACUUUAGUGACCCUUUUUUCAGCUAUCAUUUUUUCACAGGUUCAUGCUUGAAUUUCAAACUGAGGAAUUAAAAUACAUAAGAAAUGCAGGUACAUUCAAUGUUUUUAUAUACUAUAAUGUUCACACACUUUAUAUAUGUUUUUUUUUAAGUUUUGGUUUUUUUUUUAAUUGAGGUUUUUACCAAGGAAAUGUGCAGUGAUCACUUUGUUCAAAACUGUAGACAAAACUCAUCACUGAAGCAUAUUAGAAAAAUUAUUAUAACAGUUUGUUUUUAUUUAGUUUACAUGAAAGGAAUGAUAUAAAUACUUGGAAAAAUACAGACAUGUACAACAUAGAA